AUGAGCCCAGUUCAACCCGAACUGCCCCGAUUUCCAGCAGCAGCUGCGAACCCCACCACCGACGCCAUCCCGGCCGCACCCGACCACACCGAACCACCCGACGCAACCGACGGCACGAUGUCGAGCUCCGCCCAUGUCGACGACUCCCUGGCUGCCCGCAUCGAUGAGCGCAUCCACCUGGAGGUACAACAUCGUCUACGGGAAUUCUCCAUGUCCCCCACCCCAGAUCGCAAGCCGCUCCACAACAUCGAUAUUCCCCACCACCUUUCAACCUGGCCGGCCGACGCUCUGCUCUCUGACGUUGGGACCUUCCGAAUCUGGGACCGCACGCUGCAAGACCGAGUUGGCGCGACAAUUUACACGUACAUCACCACCGGAACUCUACCCGACUGCGAAAAUGUCGAAAUAUUUGCUGUCCGCCAAGUCUCCGACGGUGUUGCCGGUAAUGUUCGCAAGUCCCUUCUCACCGUCGCCUUGACGCACGAAUGCGCCCGGGCCUAUUACAAACACCUCGACCGAGAGUACAACCCGACGUCGUCACAGUCUACACUCCGUCUGCUCCACUCAUUCUUCAACAUUCCGCGCGCACCUAUCGAGGAGAAGGGCUUCGUCGAAUGGAUGGCCGAAUUCCUCAACCAGUCCGCAUGCCUCGAAUCAGCCCAAAUCAUGAUUAUGGACGUUAUCAUGGCUCGAGCUCUCACUCUGAUACCUGACGAACUGGACGCAUUCCGCCAAUACAUGGAGCUGCACAACACCGACCAACUCCCGACCCCGGCAAACCUCAUGGCCCUCGCGCACAAGCAGGUCAAGAACCACCACGACACUCGCAACACAGGCCCCAACAUCACCGCAUUUGCCGCAGCAUCACCAUCGUCAUCUCGUCCAUCGCAACAGUCUACCGCUAAAUACCCCUGCCCCGCCUGCAACAACGGUGUGCAUCGAGUGCGACACUGCCCCAACGACGACACCCGCAAAUGUUACAUCAAGCGACGCAACGGACACCAACGUCAAACCACGGCCCCACCCAUUGCCCCACCGGAGGAUGCACCCGUCGUAGCAAAAAUUUCAAGGUUUCAAGAACUCCCAGAUCCUUCGACGUCCGGCGGCCAAAAUUGGUAA